ACUCCGCCCCCCUUCUCCCAGCGCCCCGGCCCGCAUGGCGGCCGCCACGCUCCCGGCCGCAGGACUCCGGUCCCGAGCUGCCAUGGCCCAGCGGAGGAAGAAGAAGGGGCUCCGGAGGCACCGAGGAGCGGCCUCCCAGGCCCGCAGCAGCGACUCAGAGGACGGCGAGUUUGAGAUCCAGGCGGAAGAUGAUGCCCGGGCCCAGAAGCUGGGACCUGGAAGACCCCUGCCCACUUUCCCCACCUCAGAAUGUGCCUCAGACGUGGAGCCAGAUACGAGGGAGAUGGUGCGAGCCCAGAACAAGAAGAAGAAGAAGUCAGGAGGCUUCCAGUCCAUGGGCUUGAGCUACCCCGUGUUCAAAGGCAUCAUGAAGAAGGGCUACAAGGUGCCAACCCCCAUCCAGAGGAAGGCCAUCCCAGUGAUCCUGGACCGCAAGGACGUGGUGGCCAUGGCCCGGACAGGCAGUGGAAAGACAGCCUGCUUCCUCAUCCCCAUGUUUGAGCGGCUUAAGACGCACAGUGCUCAGACCGGGGCACGAGCCCUUGUCCUCUCGCCUACCCGAGAGCUGGCCCUGCAGACCAUGAAGUUCACCAGGGAGCUGGGCAAGUUCACAGGCCUCAAGACUGCCCUGAUCCUGGGCGGGGACAAGAUGGAAGACCAGUUUGCAGCCCUGCAUGAAAAUCCUGACAUAAUCAUUGCUACCCCUGGGCGCUUGGUGCAUGUGGCCGUGGAGAUGAACCUGAAGCUGCAGAGUGUGGAGUACGUGGUAUUUGAUGAAGCCGACAGGCUCUUUGAAAUGGGGUUUGCAGAGCAGCUACAGGAAAUCAUCGGCCGCCUCCCCGGAGGCCACCAGACUGUCCUCUUCUCCGCCACACUGCCCAAACUGCUGGUGGAGUUCGCCCGGGCAGGCCUCACGGAGCCUGUGCUCAUCCGGCUAGAUGUGGAUGCCAAACUCAAUGAGCAGCUCAAGACGUCCUUCUUCCUUGUGCGUGAAGACUCCAAGGCCGCCGUGCUGCUCCACCUUCUGCGCAGCGCGGUGCGGCCCCAGGACCAGACCGUGGUAUUUGUGGCCACGAAGCACCAUGCUGAGUACCUCAGCGAGCUGCUGAUGACCCAGCGGGUGAACUGUGCCCACAUCUACAGCGCCCUGGACCAGACAUCCCGUAAGAUCAACCUAGCCAAGUUCACCCACGGCAAGUGCUCUGCCCUUAUCGUGACUGACCUGGCAGCCCGGGGCCUGGACAUCCCGCUGCUAGACAAUGUCAUCAACUACAGCUUCCCUGCCAAGGGCAAGCUCUUCCUGCACCGAGUGGGCCGAGUGGCCCGGGCUGGCCGAAGUGGCACAGCCUACUCGUUGGUGGCCCCAGACGAGGUCCCCUACCUGCUGGACCUGCAUCUGUUCCUGGGCCGCGCCCUCACCCUCGCCCGCCCCCACGAGGAGCCCUCUGGUGCGGUGGGCAUGGACGGCGUGCUGGGCCGGGUGCCACAGAGCGUGGUGGACGAAGAGGACAGCGGCCUGCAGAGCACCCUGGAGGUGUCCCUGGAGCUGCGGGGCCUGGGCCGCGUGGCCGACAACGCCCAGCAGCAGUACAUGCGUUCGCGGCCGGCGCCCUCACCCGAGUCCAUCAAGAGGGCCAAGGAGCUGGACCUGGCAGGGCUGGGCCUGCACCCCCUCUUCAGCUCGCGCUUCGGGGAGAAGGAGCUGCAGCAGCUGCGGAUGGUGGACAGCAUCAGGAAGUACCGCGCACGGGCGACCAUCUUUGAGAUUAAUGCCUCCAGCCGGGACCUGAGCAGCCAGGUGAUGCGUGCCAAGAGGCAGAAGGACCACAAGGCCAUCACCAGCUUCCAGCAGGGGCGGCAGGAGGGCCCGGGCAGCCCAGCCCCCCAGGAGGAGCAGCCUGAGAAGGAGGCAGAGGAGAUGGAAGAGAGUGUGGAGGAGGUGUUCACAGAGGUCAUGGGCCGGAAGCGGCAGCAGCCACAACCUGACCGAAGAGCCAAGAGGCGGAGGGAGGCUGCCCAGAGGAGGGACCAGGAGUUCUAUGUCCCCUACAGGCCCAAGGACUUCGACAGCGAGCGGGGCCUGAGCAUUGGUGGGGACAAAGGGGCCUUUGAGCAGCAGGUGGCCGGUGCUGUCCUGGACCUGAUGGGGGAUGAAGCCCAGAACCUGACGAGGGGCCAGCAGCUGCUCAGGUGGGACCGGAAGAAGAAGCGGUUUGUGGGACAGUCGGGACAGGGCGACAAGAAGAAGAUCAAGACGGAGAGUGGCCACUACAUCAGCAGCUCCUACAAGCGGGACCUCUACCAGAAGUGGAAACAGAAACAGAAGAUAGACGAUCGUGACUCAGAGGAGGAAGGGGCAUCCAACCUGCAACGCCCUGCGCGAAGAGGGGGCAGGUGGGGCCAAGGCCAAGGUGCAUCCCAGCCCCACACUCCAGGUGCCCCUGCAGGCCGUGUCUGCGCCGAGCUCAAGACCAAGCAGCAGAUCCUGAAGCAGCGGCGCCGAGCCCAAAAGCUGCGCUUCCUGCAGCGUGGAGGCCUCAAGCAGCUCUCUGCCCGUAAUCGGCGCCGUGUCCAGGAGCUGCAGCAGGGCGCCUUCGGCCGGGGCGCCCACUCCAAGAAGGGCAAGAUGAGGAAGAGGAUGUAAGGAAGUGACCCAGCCCCACAGCUCCUCGUUUCGUCCCAUUAGGACAUUAGCAACUGCUCCCUGUGUAUCACUGUGCCUGGCCCUGUGCUGGGCACUGGAGGAGCUCCCUGCAGAGCCUCCUCCACAAAAAGGAGUGGGUGGGGCCUCAGAGAGCCAGCAGCCACCUCUGCCUAAAACAUGUUUGAGCGGGGUCUUGAAGGGUGCACAGGAGUUUGCCAGCAUGGCCAGGUAGGUCAGGACAUGAGCUGGCAACUUGGCUGCUGCUGCUUCCACAUGUUCUGGGUUUAGAGGUGGUGGCCACUCAAGUCUGAGCUCUGAGUGCCUAAGGCCCACUGAUGUUAUUUUUAAUGUAAUAAACCUUUACUGAGCACCUCUAGUA